AGCGCCCCCCGCAGGGGGCGGGGGGCUGUUACCCAUUGGCUGAGGCGGCUACCACGAGCUCCAGUACCCGGCGCAGGAGGCACCUCUGGGAGCCCCGCAGGCCACGCCUCAGUUCGCCUGCGCCCCUCAGCAUCGCCACUUGGUUGUUAGGGCUCCUGGAUCGCGCCGCUCGCUUUCGAUUUUCCUCUAGUCCUCUUUUAUCCCUUUGCCCAAGUCGAAGCCGGGCAGCGGCAAGAGCAGAGCAAACGGCAGCCCUAAGAGUGGUGCCAGAAGCCCAGCCUCCACUCCUCCUCGAGCCCAUUCAGCGGGAACAGCUAGCUGCCGCCAUCAUGUCUGCUGCAAAUCCUGAGACUCCAAACUCUACCAUCUCCAGAGAGGCCAGCACUCAGUCCUCAUCAGCUACAACCAGCCAAGGCUAUGUUUUACCAGAAGGCAGAAUCAUGCCAAACACCGUUUUUGUUGGUGGAAUUGAUGUUAGGAUGGAUGAAACCGAAAUUAGAAGUUUCUUUGCUAGAUACGGUUCAGUAAAAGAAGUGAAGAUAAUCACGGAUCGAACUGGUGUGUCCAAAGGCUAUGGAUUUGUUUCAUUUUAUAAUGAUGUGGAUGUGCAGAAGAUAGUAGAAUCACAGAUAAAUUUCCAUGGUAAAAAGCUGAAACUGGGACCUGCAAUCAGGAAACAAAAUUUAUGUGCUUAUCAUGUGCAGCCGCGUCCUUUGGUUUUUAAUCCUCCUCCUCCACCGCAGUUUCAGAGUGUCUGGAGUAAUCCAAACACUGAAACUUAUAUGCAGCCUCCAACCAUGAUGAAUCCUAUAACUCAGUAUGUUCAGGCAUAUCCUCCUUAUCCUAGUUCACCAGUUCAGGUUAUCACUGGAUAUCAGCUGCCUGUAUAUAAUUAUCAGAUGCCACCACAGUGGCCUGCUGGGGAACAAAGGAGUUAUGUUAUACCCCCGACUUAUACCACUGUUAACUACCACUGUAAUGAAGUUGAUCCAGGAGCUGAAGUUUUGCAAAGUGAAUGUUCAGUUCAUGAAGCUACUCCAUCCUCUGGAAAUGGCCCACAAAAGAAAUCUGUGGACAGAAGCAUACAGACUGUGGUAUCUUGUCUGUUUAAUCCAGAGAACAGACUGAGAAACUCUCUUGUUACUCAAGAUGACUACUUCAAGGAUAAAAGAGUACAUCACUUUAGAAGAAGUCGGGCAGUGCUUAAAUCUGUUUGAUCCCUUCUGCUAACUUUCUAGUCUCAUGGGAAGUUGCUGAUUUUGAAUAUUAAGAAGAGACUGAAAGUUUUUCACUAUCUAGAAAUUUAAUUCUGAAUUUUGAUAAAUCACACUGAGACUUUCUUAUACAAGUUGUGUUAGAUUGCCUAGCUUUAUUUGACAUUCAGAUUGUUCUUCAUUAGAUGUUUAGAAACUGGUUCUGUGUUCAGUAUAUAGUUGAAGUAAAAAAUAAUUGAGACUGAAAGGAAUAACUUUAAGAUUUAUCUGUAAGGAUAUUUUUUUAUUGAAAUUGAUAUUUUAAGAGUUUAAAGCAGUUGCUGAUUUUCAGGAAAUUGUUUUAUAAAACCUAUUCUGAAAGGUCAGAAUUUUGAUAGUUUGAAUACAAGCAUUUCACUUCUCCAACAACUACCUGCAAACAGUACAACGUUUACAAUAUUGUUCUUUACGCUUAUGAUUUCUCUCAAAAUUUACCACAAAAGCAGAGUGUUUAAAACUGCAUUUUUAAUCAGUGGAACUCAAUAUAUAGUUAGCUUUAUUGAAGUCUUCUUUGUCCAAACCCAGUAAAAAAGAUUCUAAACAAACAGUCCAAUCAGUGGGUCUUGUGUUUGUUAGUUCAAAAUAUUUUACCUGUAUCUAGAAUCCACACAUAGAUACCCUAUUUGAUUGGGAUGGUAAUUAGGAUAACUAAAAUUCUGGGCCAGAUUUUUUUAAAGAAUCCGAGACAAACUAAACUUUACUAGGUAUAUAAACUUCUCAGUGAGUUACCAUUCUCCUUUUUUCUUUUCUUUUUUUUUUUCCCAUUGAAAUGCUACACUCAAUAGCUGUAUUUUAAAUUGUGCAAAAUACUGAUGUUAAAAGAAUGCUGAAACUUUUUUUUAUGUCACUUCAAGGUUAAUCAGAGUAUCUAAAAGGAAUUGUUUUUAUAAAAACAUUAAAAUAUUAGUUAUUUGUUGAAGAGCAAAUAAAUACAUUUUUAUUUUUGCUCAUUAGCCUAGUAUAUUUCCUUUUUUAAAAGUAAAAUAUGCUUAGAAGAGUCCAAGUAAUUUUGAUGUUUAAGUACCACUAAAGUUGUAAGCAUAUCUCGAGAAUAUACUAGAGUCAGAGUUAACAGUCCAUUUCUAGAUUAGCUAGUCUCCUUGUUAGAUGCUGUGUAUUUUGGCCCCUAGAGCCCCUUUCGUGUCCCCACAGUCUUGAUUUUCCAGUCUGUAGCACCAUUCUUCCAGGAGUUUUGCUCCUAGAACAGGUGGUGUAAAGAAGAGAAGUAGCAACAAGAACAGUUUGAGGGCUAAGCCUUAGAAAGGUGGCAGUGGGAUAAAAUCUUUCUAAAGGAAACAUGUAUCCGCAUCAUUUGACCUGCCAUGGAAAUGAGUUUAAGGUGGCUUCCUGGACUUUCUUUUGUUGGUCCCUUCACUAAAACAUGGAGAUUCCACUUAUCCCUAACUUAGGGCAGCUGCCAUGGGCCCUAUUAUCAGUCCCCAUGGUUGCUUUAUAAUUCCUAAUAAUUUUCACUCUGUAUCAAAGGGAAGAAUCUUUUAACUUAAGGAUCCCAAAGAGGGCUUUCUUAUGCCUCAGAAUUUGAAAGUGCCCUGAAAUUUGUCCUUUAAAAAAUUAUUUUGUUUUGUUUUUUUGGUUGUGCUUUAACAUUCUUACAUGUAUCAUUCUGUGAAUAAAUUUCCAGGUUACUCUAAAUGAUAGCUAAAUUCAAAAGAGCCGAUUCUAAUUAUCCCAAUCUGACCUUAAGAAAAGUAAGAGAAUAAACUUUUUAUUUUUCUGCUUUUUUGUUGGACUGAAGUAUUUAAAGGAGUAAGAUAGAAAAAAGAGACAAAGUCCUGAACCUUUCAAAAUAGAAAAUUAAUUUUAAAACUUAAAAGUAUGUUCCUAUUACCUAUUGUUAAUACUGUCUUUGUGUAAAUGAAUAAAUAGAAAUAAAGAAACUUUUUUUUCCCAA